CUAUCAAAUUCGAUAAUACUUCCAUUGUCCUAUAAAUACGCUAUAUAGUAUCAUUACACUCCCAACUUUCUGAAAUAUCCUUUGUAUUCUUUUUCUCAAAACCUAACAAAACUUUUGAGAAUUUUUUGUUCCAAGAAAUAUGUCUCAAGAUUACCAACGUCCGUACUACGCUACUCUUACAUUACCAAAUGAUGUUUUUCACUUGCAAAGAAUGAACCAACAACAGCCUGAUAUUCCACAUGAUCAAACAAGUGGAAUAUCUAAUGAUACCAACAUGUUUGAAUAUUGGGAAAUAACGACUUACUGUGAUCUUGAUAUGGAUAUAGAUGAUGGCGAGGAACGAGCUGCUUGUUUCAUAUGCUGCUUUGAAUUUCAGAAUGGAGAUGCAUUAGUUACACUUCCAUGUAGCGAUGUGUUUCAUUUAGAUUGCUUCUAUGAGCGGCUGUGGAGAAGGAGGAAUGAUUGUCCGUUUUGUAGUGCUGAAGUUUUACCUGCACACGAAGUAAUAGUAGAAGAAGAAGAAGAAGAAGAAGAAGAUGAUGAUGAUGAUGAUGAGUUCGAGGAUGAAGAAAUAGUAGUAGAAGAAAAAGAAGAGAAGUUCGAGGUUGAAACAAGAACUUAUGAUGCUUCUUUAAUGGAUAUAAAUGAUGAGGAGGAACAAGAAACAUGUGCCAUAUGUUUAUCUGAAUAUCAAGACGAAGAUACCAUUGGCAAACUUCAAUGUGGCCAUGAGUUUCAUUUUGGCUGCGUCAACAAGUGGCUGCAACAAAAGAAUGCAUGUCCAUUUUGUAGAGCUUCAGUUUUGCCCGCACAUGACUGGUUACAUUCUUAAUUGUGUGAAUUCAAUAACAGUAGUCAUCAAUAUUGUUGUUACUAUUUUUAUUUUGUAAUAGUUAUCGUAAUGACCUAUUAACUUUUUAGUC